CUAUUUUAUAAAAAGGAGGGAGGACCCAAAACGUUCAUGUAACCCUUUCAAUGAGGAUCAUGAGUUUGGGAGCCAGGUUAGCACUUAUUUUUCCCGCUGACAAUAAUUGUUCAUAAAUCCAGGACUCCAUCUAGAUCACUCCGUGUAUAGAAUGACAGCAGUUGGGAAAACGUGUUAUAUAGGUCGUGUCCCAGGGUCCCCUCCUUCCGCUAUGUUUCUGGUAGCAACUGUGUUGAGAAGCCUUAAUUUAAUGCUUAAUCUAAUCCUCUAGUACUGAGGGAGGAAGGCAGAGAAGUUUCUGUGAGGAGCGUUGUCUGAAAGAUAUUUUCGUAGAGGCAUGUUAAAAAUGCCACUGGGAGUCGAGAGGAGGGGGCUGCUCCAGAUAUGUGAGUUCCGUUUUAAUUUCCCUUGAAAACCUUGAUGUGGGCGGAGGCAAGCGCCUGGUUGUGCGGAGGGGCACCGCAGCCCUGCCCAUCAAGAGAACCGUCCGGGGUCUGUUUGCCCCUUUCCCCGCCCACCCAUCAGUUCUGGCAGCGCAUGCGCUGAGCCGUGGGCUGGAGAGUUGUCGGCUGGAAAUGGCGGCUGCAGGCUUGGUUGCUGUGGCCACGGCUGCAGAGUACUCUGGCCCAGUAGCAUCGGGUGGUAACCACUCCGGUGUUAACUGCGGCCCCAGCUCCGGGACAGGCCCUGGUCCUGGCCCGGGUUCGUGGAGCCGCUCCCUCGAUCGAGCGCUGGAAGAGGCGGCAGUGACCGGGGUGCUGAGCCUGAGCGGCCGGAAACUGAGGGAGUUUCCCCGGGGAGCGGCCAACCACGACCUGACGGACACCACCCGGGCGGAUCUGUCACGAAAUCGUCUCUCAGAAAUUCCCAUAGAAGCGUGUCAUUUCGUUUCUCUUGAGAAUCUCAACUUAUACCAAAAUUGUAUUCGGUAUAUACCAGAGGCAAUUCUAAACCUACAAGCUCUAACAUUCUUAAAUAUUAGUCGGAACCAACUGUCAACAUUACCAGUGCACUUGUGUAAUUUACCAUUGAAAGUCUUAAUUGCUAGUAAUAACAAAUUGGUGUCACUUCCAGAAGAAAUUGGACAUCUCAGACAUUUAACAGAACUUGAUGUGAGCUGCAAUGAAAUUCAAACAAUACCUUCCCAAAUUGGUAAUUUGGAGGCCUUGAGAGACCUUAAUGUAAGAAGAAACCACUUAGUACGUUUGCCUGAAGAGCUGGCAGAGUUGCCUCUGAUACGGUUGGACUUCUCCUGCAAUAAGAUUACAGCGAUCCCUGUUUGUUACCGGAACCUCAGGCACCUGCAGAUGAUCACCCUAGACAACAAUCCCCUGCAGUCUCCUCCUGCGCAGAUAUGUAUAAAAGGCAAAAUCCACAUAUUUAAGUACCUGAACAUACAGGCUUGUAAGAUUGCUCCGGAUCUGCCAGAUUAUGAUAGGAGACCCUUGGGUUUUGGCUCCUGCCAUGAAGAACUGUACUCAGGUCGCCCGUAUGGAGCCCUUGAUUCAGGUUUCAAUAGUGUGGACAGUGGUGAUAAGAGAUGGUCAGGGAAUGAGCCUACAGAUGAAUUCUCAGAUCUGCCUCUUCGAGUAGCAGAAAUCACUAAGGAACAAAGACUGCGAAGAGAAAGCCAAUACCAGGAGACUCGCAGCAGUUUAGUAGUAACAAAUGGUGGAGUGGAACAUGAUGUGGACCAGAUCGACUACAUUGACAGCUGUACUGCAGAGGAGGAAGAGGAUGAGAUGAGACAGCCCAAGGGCCUGGAACCAGACAGCCUCAGUUCCCAGUUUAUGGCCUAUAUUGAACAACGGCGAAUCUCUCAUGAGGGUUCACCCAUAAAGCCGGUACCUCUGAGAGAGUUUCAAAAAACAGAGGACAUGAGAAGAUAUUCACAUCAAAACAGAGUUCCAGUCGAGCCAUCUUCUGUCAUGUCACUAUCACCAAGUCACAUUCAGUUAUCACAUACAGACUUGGAACUUCAUCGGAGAAGAGAGCAGUUAGUAGAGCGAACUCGGAGAGAGGCACAGCUUGCUGCCCUACAGUAUGAGGAGGAGAAAAUAAGGACCAAGCAGAUUCAGAGAGAUGCUGUCCUAGACUUUGUCAAGCACAAAGCGUCACAAAGUCCACAAAAACAACAACCCCCCUUAGAUGGUGAGUGUCCCUUCCCAUCCAGAAGGUCUCAGCACACUGAUGAUAGUGCCUUGUUAGUGUCGCUGUCAGGGUUGAAUCAAGUGGGCUGUGCUGCUCCCCUGCCUCAUUCUUCUGCCUUCGUGCCUAUUAAGAAUGAUGACAGAUCUAAUGCUGUAACAAGUUCACCUACAACAGAAACAGUUCAUCAUUCCCCUGCAUAUUCUUUUCCUGCUGCUAUUCAGAGAAACCAGGCCCAGCGCCCUGAAAGCUUCCUUUUCCGAGCAGCUGUCAGGGCAGAAGCAAAUAAAGGUCAUGCUUCAUCCCUUCUUUCAUCUUCUGCACCUACCACUGAUUCUGCAGAUCCCAUAACGAGACCAAACUCAAGACAGAGAGAAGAAGAGCUGGAAUUAAUAGAUCAGCUACGGAAACAUAUUGAGUACCGGCUGAAAGUAUCACUGCCUUGUGAUCUUGGAGCAGCUCUAACUGAUGGUGUUGUUCUUUGCCAUUUGGCCAAUCACGUGCGGCCUCGAUCUGUCCCGAGCAUCCACGUCCCCUCACCAGCUGUACCUAAAUUAACAAUGGCAAAAUGCAGGCGGAAUGUGGAGAAUUUCCUAGAAGCUUGCAGAAAAAUUGGUGUACCUCAGGUAAUAAAUUUAUCAUUUCUUAUGUUGCCUAAAUAGACUUGGGUAUUAUUUUUCUAAAGUUUUUCAGAAAUGCAAGCAUCUAAAAUCUUAUAGGACUUGCUUUAAACGAAGUUGGUAAUUACUAACAUGAUGUCGUGUUACUAGAGUCAGUAUACUUCUGAGCAGUUUUCCUUAAUUAUUUCCAAGGACCAAGCAAAGAAAUAAUACACAUAUAAACUUAAAUAUAUUAUAAUACUUAAAGUGAGUAAUCAAAAAUAGUUAUUUUGACAUCGUCCUAAACAUUCCUACUUGCUGUUUGACUGGUAUACAUCUUCAUACAUAAGAGGCUGGGCUUCAAAAUCAGUGCAUCUCAGACUGAGAAUG